AUGACCCCUCAGACUCCUCUGGUGACAUUUGAAGGGGCCGACACAGCAAACCACUGUUUGAGGACGAUGUGGCUGUCCCUUCUCACCUGUCAACUCGCCACCCUCCUUCUGGCCCACGCUCAAAAUGCCUGCUUUGGACAGUCCACAUUCAGAAGUCCGGCCAACACGGACAUCGAGGUCCUCUGUGGCUCUCACACGGUGCAGCUGCAGAUCCUCAUGUGUCCCAUCUAUUUCAACGGAUACAACGAGUCCCUGCUGGCCCUCAACUCAGAACACUCCAAAGCCAAGUGUAAAGGGACUCCUGACUGGACUGCAGACCCGCCUGUUGUCAAAUUCAACUUCUCCAUCACAGAGGAGGAAAUCACUUUCUGCUCCAGCCUGCUGACUGUUACUGAGGAGGUGGGCACUGGACUGUUUGCAGACUACUCCAGCGUCCAGUACAUCGGCAUCUCAGGCAUGGUCUGCUCUGAGGACCCCGGCACAGGAGCCAUCACAUACCACCAAGAGGUGAUGUACAGGUUCUCCUGCCGCUACCCACUGCAGUACCUGGUCAACAACACUCAGAUGAGCGUGUAUGGGGUCAGCCUGGCAGUUAAAGACAAUAAUGGGAGUUUCAUCAGCACACUGAGCAUGCGACUCUUCUCGGACAGCGGCUACUCCUCUUCGCUGCUGAUCCCUCCGGGCGGCCUGGAGCUGAAGACCAGAAUCUUUGUAGAAGUGAAGGCGUCCAACCUCACUGACAGAUUCAACGUGCUCCUCGACCGAUGUUACGCCACAACCUCGCCUUUUCACGUAGACACCACGUAUUACGAUCUCUUUGUUGGGUGUAACCGGGAUUCCCAAACUAUGCUGGAAGUGAACGGAGUGCAUCAGGAAGCCCGCUUCUCCUUUGAGGCUUUCCGCUUCGUCGAGAGCACGGAGACUGCCCCCCUCUCCACCUACUACGUGCACUGUGCCACCCGGCUCUGUGUGAACUCCUUCUGCCCUCAGCUCACUAUGAACUGCGACGCUGACACCACCUCCAGGAGGCGCCGCAGCACCGACGACAAACAGGACACCACGGUGAGCGACAUGGCCACCGUCAGCUCAGGCCCCAUCUCCACCCGCCCAGAUUACGGGUAUCUGAUGGCAUUUGGAGGUGCUCAGCAGACUCAGGUGGACAGCACGGUGCUGGCGGUGUCAGUCGUAGCCGGCGUGGUCGGGGCUGUCUGCCUCAUGCUGGUGGCCUUCAUUGUUUACAGGACACACGGCAAAUUCUCCAAGACACUGUGCCCACAGUGACCCCACAGUGGGUUUUACUAAACCAUGAGAGCAUUUUCAUAUGAGUAGGAGCAAAGUGUAGAUAAAUAUUAGUAUUAUAUACAAUACAGGUUCCCUGAAAUACUCUUAAGAAAAGGAGGAAUGCAGAAAUGUGCAUCUAGUAAUCUUUGAAUAAACUUUAGUGCUUCUGUUCAUCUUGGAAUAAGAUAAAGAAAAGAACAUAUAAUAUUCAGAUAAUCUCAAUGGAAUAUGCACUCAUAACAUUAUAUAGCCUUUCACUGUGCUUCAGGCUUUGUGUUCAAUUUAUAUUAAUAUGGUGGGUAAUGGAAUGCUCUAUAGCAGUGCUUGGUAUUGUAGCUCAUAUACCGUAACACUUGUCUAUUAACGGUUGUGUUAUUUUUAUUUCUAAUAAAGGUCUUUGACAAAGGUA